CCGGUUUAGUCGGUUCCUUCGCCACGUCACCAGGGGAGAAAAACAGCCAUCAUCAAUUACCUUCUCUCGACGCGAAUGCCACGAGUACAACAACUGGUUCUCCGUCUGUGAACAAUAAAGCACUUGCGUCACCACAUUAUAAUUUGGCAAGGAAUUCGCUCUCGCCUUCUACGGGUAUGGCACGUAAUCGCGGUACGGGUACAAUGAUGUCUACCACCACCACAAGGGAAUUGCAGAAUCUUCAUGCUGGACCAUUACUUGCCGGAGUAGCGUCACCUGGACGCGGUGGCGCAGAAGAGGCUGUGUCACCAGGUUCUUUCUCGAAGAUGCAUUAUCGGAGGACAAAGCAUCACUUGCUGGAACACAUCGAUCCUGCUCAUAAUAGUGCGGGGGUGGCGGAAGAACAAGGAGAUACUUCUCAUAGUGAUGUAUGAUGCAACUCAUUGAGGUGAACAAAGAUAUGGGAAUGUCGUUCCCAAGUAAGGAUGCAAAGUGGGAACGACAUUCCCAUAUCGACACUCUCCCCCAGUGAGUGGAAGCAUUCAAGUGAGCGUCCUAGGACAGCCUCUGGAGAACUUCAAAGUCGUGCGCGAUUGAUGAAAAG